AUGUCGUAUUGCGAUUCAGUUGAUUAUUUCUAUGAUGAAGAGGAAGACAAUUCGACAGCCCUGGUUCUAUGCCAAUUGACCGAUAAAAUAUCACUUGUAUCAAUGACCCUUUACAUGUUCAGCCCGUUUCUAUCCGUAUUGUGUAUUCUGAUUAACAUACUUCAUUUGAUAAUUCUCACGAGGAAGUCAAUGAGAAACACCUCUAUAAAUGUGAUUAUGACAGCAGCGGCGGUCUCGGACAUUUGCUAUUUACUUAUAGUUGCCUCAAGAAUUUAUCUCCUUAUAGGAAUGUAUACUGAUCCUUGUUUUGGCUCCCCUGUAUCGUAUCUCAGUGUAGUCCUUGACAUUAUUAUCGAAAUUUUAAACGACUGCUCUCAAAGAUGUUCUACUUGGAUCUCGUUAUCUAUAGCAACUAUCCGAACAUUAGUUGUUCGCAACCCGAUGGAUCCGAAAUUUGAACGCCUCACAAAACCUUAUACUGCAUUAUUCGUAAUUCUUGGAGUUCCUAUUUCAAGUCUUCCUUUCUCGUUAGCAUUUCAAAUUGGAAUAAGGAUUACAAAGCAGAAAGAAUUUAGUGAAUGUUAUCCGAAAGGAGUGCUGACAUAUAUAGUUGAUCAAAAAGUAUCAGUUAAGCAACUUUCUUCGACCGUGUCGGCAAUUAUUUCUAAUAUCAUCCCCUGCCUUCUUUUCCCUAUAUUCGCCGGGUUACUUGUUAAAGAAAUGCACAAAGCAACUGAGAACCAACGAAGACUAACAUCAUCAAAGAAAACUAUAGAUUAUAAUAAAACAACUCGCCUGGUCUUUUACAAUACCCUAUUCUUCUUCAUUUCACUGUUUCCUCUUGGUGUCAGUAGGACACUUCUCCUUCUUUCUUCAACGGAAUUCUUGUGGCCAAUGUUUAUCGAUUUGGAGAGCAUCGUUCUAGUGAUUUUCACGCUGAACACAAUGUCCCAUUUUGUGAUAUAUAUGCUUAUGUCAUCUCAAUAUCAGAACACUACAAAGGAACUAUUUCUAUGUGGAGACAGUCAUCAAGUAGAACAAAAAGCCUCAAUUGAGUGA